AUGAACGGUACCUUUCACUCCGAGCCCCGGAGGCUCCGCUGCACGAUCAUUGGCGCAGGCGUGUCUGGUCUACUGAUGGCAUAUAAGCUACGGAAGAAUUUGGCAGAUUAUGUCGACUUCACCAUCUACGAAAAAUCCGCAGACCUAGGCGGAACCUGGCACGAGAACGUUUAUCCAGGGUGUGCCUGCGAUGUUCCCAGUCACUGCUACCAAUAUUCAUUUGCACCAAACCCAGCCUGGUCUAAGUUCUAUGCCUCCUCGGGAGAGAUCAAGAACUAUCUCAAAGGCGUGGCAAAUCACUUUGGACUGGAGCAAUUCAUCCGCUACAAUAGCAAAAUUGUUUGCGCUCGAUGGUCAACCGCGAAAAGCACAUGGACCAUUGAGAUCCAGGGGGGGAAAGUUGUGGAGUCUGAGGUCCUGGUAAAUGCAGGCGGAAUCUUAAACAACCCUCAAAUGCCAGACAUCAAGGGACUCGACGGAUUCUCCGGGCCAUUGCUACACACUGCCGCUUGGGAUUCGUCAGUUGACUUGAAGGGUAAGCGCAUUGCUGUCAUCGGAUCUGGAGCCAGUUCAGUUCAGUUGCUUCCGCAGCUGCAACCGCUGGCAAAGAAAAUCCAGGUCUACAUCCGGACGCCCUCUUGGAUUUGCCCGCCAAUCGCGCUACCAAAACCGGAUGUAACCAACUACGAUUACACCGAGAAUGAGAAGGACAAGUUUAGAUGGAACGACGAAAGCUACCUGAAGACCCGGAAAGACCUCGAGAGCCAAUUCAACGCCAUGUUUCGCGCAUUCUUCAAGAAUAGCCCGGAGCAAAACGACAUUCGGCGCAAGUUCCAAGAACGCAUGGAGAGCUUGAUUCCCGAUGAGAAUUUGCGGAAACACCUGAUACCCUCCUUCGAGGCUGGUUGUCGACGCAUCAACCCAGGAGAAGAUUUUCUCAUCGCGUUGCAGAAACCAAAUGUCAAACCCGUUUUUGACCCAAUUGAGAGAAUAACUGCGAAUGGCAUUGUUGCUGGUGGUGAAGAAUUCGAAGCCGACGUCCUUGUGACAGCAACGGGAUUCAACACCACGUUUAAACCUCGAUUUCCCAUCUAUGGCGCCAGUGGCUUCAACCUACAGGACCUGUGGUCUGACAGCCCAGUUUCUUAUAUGGGAACUGGCGUCUCUGGUUUUCCGAAUUAUUUCAUAUUUCUCGGGCCUAACACACCGAUCUCCAACGGAAGCCUGAUGGGACCCGUGGAAGCAACUGGAGAUUACUUCAUCAGAAUUAUGCGCAAGAUGAUCCGCCAGCGCAUUCUCUCUUUUGAUGUGCGAAGUGAGGCCCAAAGCGACUUCGAUGCACACACGCAAUCUCGUAUGAAGGACAUGGUUUGGACUGGCACAUGCCGCAGCUGGUUCAAGCGUGGAACCAACGGCAAGGUGACUGCCCUGUGGCCGGGCAGUUCACUUCAUUACAUACAAGUCCUUGCCGAGAAUAGGUGGGAAGACUACAACUGGGCGUAUGAAGGAGAACGCUAUGCAUACUGGGGCCACGGCAUCUCAUGGGUCGAGAGCCCUGAGCUUGACCCCCUCGGAGUCGAGGAGCAGGAAAGUCUCAAGCACAGCACCACGAUACCUGGAAAGGACUCUGAUUUGAGCUUUUAUCUCUGGAAGAGCACUCCACUGCCACAGAACUUCGUGGCUUUCGGAGAGACGAACGAGUCACAUUCCGAGUCCAGCACAGAGCCGGGACUCGGUAAAACUAAUGGAGUGGUGAAUGGGAUUGAGAACGGCGUGAAGAAGUUGGCCGUCGAUAAAGCUGAGAGCGGAGUUGGGAACGGAUUCGUGAAUGGGAUUGUAAAUGGAGUCUCGGGUGCUGGACUGAGCGAGAAAUGUAACGGGCAUGCGGCCGUUGUUGCAAUUCCGGUAUAG